CUUUGAGAGGGGUUGAAACUUGAGGGACAUGGCCAAACAGAGAGGUCUCCAGGGAGUCGGAGAAAGAUUUCCACCCCCAGAGAGGAGAGAGCUCCUUCCUUUGACGUAUUUCUGAAACCGAUGUUGGAAACUAUGCAGAGGUGUAACCACGCCUAGGAACUCUACUCAUCAAGUCCUUGUAAAGUUAGGAAAAUGAGUACAGGUGAUCCUCGACUUACAACAGUUUGUUUAGUGAUCAUUCAAAGUUACAAUGGCCCUGAAAAAAGGGACCUAUGACCAGUGGUGGGAUCCAAGUAAUUUAACAACCGGUUCUCUGCCCUAAUGAUUUCUUCCAGCAACCAGUUUGCCAAACUGCUCAGAAAGUUAACAACCGAAGUUGUGAGAACUGGCUGAAACCCACCACGGCCUAUGACUGUUUUUCACAACGAUGACCGUUCCAACCUCCUUGUGGUCGUGUGAUCAAAAUUCAGAUGCUUGACAACUGAUUCACAGUUACGACCGUUGCAGUGUCCCCCGGGGUCAUGUGAUCCCCUUUUGUGACCUUCUGAGGAGCAAAGCCAUAUUCACUUAACAACCGUGUUACUAACUUAACAACUACAGAAAUUGACUUAACAAAGGUGGCAAAGAAAGAUCGUAAAAUGGGGCAAAAAUCACUUAACAAAUGUCUCACUUAGCAACAGAAAUUUGGGGCUCAGUUGUGGUCGUAAGUCGAGGACUACCUGUCUCCCUUUCCAGCUGCAGUAGUUCUUCUCCCUCUUCUUCCAGUCUCAGGUAUGGUGAUUGCUUCAGAGAGAGAGAGCAACCCUGAUGUCCCACACCUGUCAGUGGGACAUCUGACUGGACGGCCAUCUGCCAGAAAUGAUGUAAGGUCUGCUGAUGUAAGGGCAGGGGGGGGGGUUGGACUAGAUGACCUACAAGGUCCCUUUCAACUCUCUGUUAAUCUGUUAAACCUUUUCUCUGCCAUCUUGAAGGUUUCACAGAUGCAAAAGCUAAAGAGAUGUUCUGUUCUUCCGAAGAACGUUCUCUCUCUUUCCGAGCCAGACUCAUCGCUGUAUACCUAAAAAUGCAGGUCCAAUCUGCCUUUAUUUAUUUUAUAUCUCAAUUUUUCUUCACCACCAGAGGAAGAAAAAAACCAUUGGCGUUCCUGUCGUUCUUUAAGGUCUAGCCAAGCGAUUGUGUACAAAGGCAAGGAAUGCAAAAACGAGAAUAUUCUGGUCCUGUUCAGCUUCUUGCUGUUUUGCUGUUUUCCAAUUAGCAAUGCAGGACCUGUUGCUGCGUUCUCACAAAAUUGUGGCAUGAACUUUUAGAUAUAAAUCAGCAUGUACCGUAGUCUGCAUGCAUCCAUGUUGAUGUCUAGAGAUUAAUUUUAAAAUAUUAAUGCUGAACAUUUAAAGGAAAACAGCCAAUCUCACUUCCUGGCCAGACGACUGCAACCACGAGCAUCUCACCUCCACUUGAGGUCCCUUGAGCAUCGCACUUAACAAUCUAGAAUCACAGGCAGCAAUCUGCUGCUCUGCCGUCAUUUCUCUGAAACAGGCACACGUUUCCACGGUGGAUAAAUCUGAUGUCCAUUAAAGAGCGGCUAUUUGAGAAGGAAAUGAACUUUACUCACAGGGUGGGAGAUAACAAAACAAGGGAUCAGCUCCAUCCAUGGACUACCAAGCUGGCACCGAAAAUCAACUAUUGUGUUUUUCCAAGAGGCAAAAUAUUGCUGUUAAUAGCUGCAAAGUGAUGCAUGGUUUGUUGAUGGCUUGCUAAUGUCUCUGCUUGUGAUUGGAGAUGCUGAACGCAGGGAGGAAAAAGCUGGAUGAGUGAUGGCAGUUUCAUUCUACCUUCCUCCCAAGUUGCUCUGGGUGUUGGGACUACAGACAGGACAGGCAGUUGCUGUGGCUGGUGGAGUGGUAGCUGGACUUCUGCUUCUGGUCCUUCUGGGGAUCGCCGCCUACCUCUUCUGGAAAAGCAAAUAUCUCAAGGCCUCCUAUGAAGAACUGACUGAUCCGGUCAACUCAAUUUUGCAGGAGCCAGACGUUGCUCAGCCGACUUUGGUUCUUCCUCAAAAUGGCAGAGCAAAGAGCGUUCCUUUCAUUGUCCCACCCAAAUUUCACCGACAAGUGUGGACCGAUACGCUAAACGGAGAACAAAUUCAAGAGGAGAGUGAGCUUUAUGUUACCCCAGACUCUGGACCCCGAUCCUCUUUCCAUUCUUUAGCUGGAGCGUACCUUGUAGGGACCAUCAAUCCAGAGCUCUACCGGUUUCCAGAAGACAAGAGUGAGACGGACUUUCCAGAAGGAAACAUUGGUCGGCUUUGGUUCUCCGUGGAAUAUGAGAAAGAGUCAGAAAGGCUCCUGGUGUCCUUGAUUAAAGCCCGAAAGCUGCAGCCUCCUUCUGGUUCCUGCAACCCCUUGGUGAAGAUCUACCUGCUCCCUGAUGAGAGGCGUUACUUGCAAUCUAAAACAAAACGCAAAAAUCUCAAUCCUCAGUUUGAUGAGGAUUUUGUGUUCCAGAUUUCAAGCACUGUUUUAUUUCAGAGGACACUGAAGUUCUGUGUCUACCAUGUUGAUAAACAGAAGAAGCAGGUCCUCCUGGGUCAAGUGAUCUUCCCACUGAAAAACGAAACUUUGGCUGAAGACGGGAAGGUUGUCGUCUGGAGAGAUUUGGAACCAGACAACCUGGAGCCAUCUUCUGAACAUGGCGACCUCCAGUUCUCCCUCAGCUACAAUGACUACCUGGCCCGGCUCACAGUGGUGGUUCUGAGAGCGCGAGGUUUAAAGUUCCAGAAUGAGAGAAACGGCACUGGGGUGUGUGUUCGAGUGUCACUAAUGAACCACAACCAGCUCAUCAAAAGCAAAAGGACCACAGCAAUCAUUGGAUCCUCCAAUCCAUUAUACAACGAGACUUUUAGCUUCAAGGUGGACCAGCUGGAGCUGGACGCAACCAGUCUGACCUUGUCUGUUCUCCCAGGGGAUGAGACCUCCUCCCUGGGCUGUGUGAUUGUGGGGCCCUUCAUGUACACCCGGGGGAAGGAACUCGAACAUUGGAACGAGAUGAUCAGUAAACCCAAGGAGCUGGUGAAAAGAUGGCACGCUCUGUCGCUUAGCAGCUGAAAACUCUCACAAGAGAGCUUCCGUCUCCGCCGUGGGUCCAUUCCGAUUCAGUUCAUCACAGAAGUUCUGGGUCUCAGGGAUCAAAGACAAGGGACAACCUUCCUCGAAGAGGCUGGAUCACGUGCUAGUACAUUAUCUCAGAUGACCCACUGAACAAAAAUGAGAAGACUGUUUGAUCCUAAAAGUGAGAAGAGGCCAUCAAUCACUGAGGAACAUGUGCUGGACGUCUUGCUACUUUUAUCAUAACUGACAUUUAAUGGCCUUAACCCCAAAGCUCUGUGAAUUAGUAGUAUAAUGCACCCUUAAGUGUAAUUCAGAGCUGAAAUCAAGGGGUUUAAGAGUACCCAUGUCAAGGCAGUUUUGCUUUAACCCCAGACAAAUUACAGUUUAUGAAGCAACCACCUUUCAAAGGACUCUUCUAACAUAAUAUUGCAGCAUUCCUGUUGAAAGCAUGACUAUUGAACCAAAUGGAAUAAACACUCUUAGUUCAUUUUA